UGUGAGUGAAUGUUCUUGGUUAUUAUUUUUUGGAAGAAAAACCUUGAAAAUCUGGGGCAGGUUACCGUGCUCCCAGGGUGGUGGUUCUCCUUUUGCAAGAGGAGCUCACCAGACCAAGCUACUAGAGACAUUUUUCGGCGAGUAAAGAGUAUUUUCCUUCCAGGAGAGGGAUUUUUCCCCUGGCUCUGCAGCCAAGUAAAAGAGAUUAGCCCCUAAACCUGUGAAAUCAACCAGAGCCGUGUGAUUACCAGAGCUUGAGAGAGAAUACGGGAAGAAAAGGAGAAAAAAAUUAAAUAGCCUGUCAGUGCCUUUGGCCACGUUGGAAGAUGUCAUCUCAAACUAAGUUCAAGAAAGACAAAGAGAUCAUUGCUGAAUAUGAAGCCCAAAUAAAAGAGAUCCGCACGCAGCUGGUGGAGCAGUUCAAAUGCCUGGAGCAGCAAUCCGAGUCUCGGCUGCAGCUGCUACAGGACCUCCAGGAGUUCUUCCGCCGGAAAGCUGAGAUUGAGCUGGAGUACUCCCGCAGCCUGGAGAAGCUGGCCGAGCGGUUCUCCUCCAAGAUCCGCAGCUCCCGGGAGCACCAGUUCAAGAAGGACCAGUACCUCCUCUCGCCGGUGAACUGCUGGUAUCUGGUCCUGCAUCAGACCAGGCGGGAGAGCCGAGACCAUGCCACCCUCAAUGACAUCUUCAUGAACAACGUCAUCGUCCGCCUCUCACAGAUCAGUGAGGAUGUCAUCAGACUCUUCAAAAAGAGCAAGGAGAUUGGCCUGCAGAUGCAUGAAGAGCUCCUGAAGGUCACCAAUGAGCUCUACACGGUCAUGAAAACCUACCACAUGUACCAUGCGGAGAGCAUCAGCGCAGAGAGCAAGCUGAAGGAGGCCGAGAAGCAGGAGGAGAAGCAGUUCAACAAGGCGGGAGAGCUUAGCAUGAACCUGCUGCGGCAUGAGGACCGGCCCCAGCGCCGCAGCUCUGUGAAGAAGAUCGAGAAGAUGAAGGAGAAGAGGCAGGCAAAGUAUUCUGAGAACAAGCUGAAGUGCACGAAGGCCCGGAAUGACUACUUGCUGAAUCUGGCUGCCACCAACGCAGCUAUAAGCAAAUACUACAUCCAUGAUGUCUCCGACCUGAUUGAUUGCUGUGAUUUGGGCUUUCACGCCAGCCUGGCCCGCACCUUCCGGACCUACCUCUCAGCCGAGUACAACCUGGAGACCUCUCGCCACGAGGGGCUGGAUGUCAUCGAGAACGCGGUGGACAACCUGGAUUCCCGAAGUGACAAGCACACAGUCAUGGACAUGUACAACCAGGUCUUCUGUCCUCCACUCAAGUUUGAGUUCCAGCCCCACAUGGGGGAUGAGGUGUGCCAGGUCAGCGCGCAGCAGCCCGUCCAGACCGAGCUGCUCAUGCGGUACCACCAGCUGCAGUCCAGACUGGCCACUCUCAAAAUAGAGAACGAGGAGGUGAGAAAAACCCUGGAUGCCACCAUGCAGACCUUGCAGGACAUGCUGACUGUGGAAGACUUUGAUGUCUCCGACGCCUUCCAACACAGUCGGUCCACAGAGUCCGUCAAAUCUGCCGCCUCUGAGACCUACAUGAGCAAGAUCAACAUCGCCAAAAGGAGAGCCAACCAGCAGGAAACAGAAAUGUUUUACUUUACAAAAUUUAAAGAAUAUGUGAACGGCAGUAACCUCAUCACUAAGCUGCAGGCCAAGCACGACUUACUCAAGCAGACCCUGGGCGAAGGGGAGAGAGCAGAAUGUGGCACAACCAGGCCCCCCUGUCUUCCCCCUAAACCACAGAAAAUGAGGAGACCUAGGCCUCUCUCAGUGUGUAGCCAUAAACUAUUUAACGGCUGUAUGGAAGCGUUCAUUAAGGAUUCGGGACAAGCUAUACCGCUUGUAGUUGAGAGCUGCAUCCGAUACAUCAAUUUAUACGGACUCCAGCAGCAAGGGAUCUUCAGAGUGCCAGGAUCUCAGGUUGAAGUCAAUGACAUCAAAAAUUCCUUUGAGAGAGGUGAAGACCCCCUUGUGGACGAUCAAAAUGAACGUGAUAUCAAUUCAGUUGCUGGCGUCUUAAAACUGUAUUUCCGAGGACUGGAAAACCCACUCUUUCCUAAGGAAAGGUUUCAAGAUUUGAUAUCUACCAUCAAACUGGAGAGCCCCGCUGAGAGGGUGCACCAGAUCCAACAAAUCCUCGUCACCCUUCCCCGCGUGGUCAUCGUGGUCAUGAGAUAUCUCUUCGCUUUCCUCAACCACCUCUCGCAGUACAGUGACGAGAACAUGAUGGAUCCCUACAAUCUGGCCAUCUGCUUCGGGCCCACCCUCAUGCACAUUCCUGAUGGGCAGGACCCUGUGUCCUGCCAGGCACACGUCAACGAAGUCAUCAAAACCAUCAUCAUCCAUCACGAAGCCAUCUUUCCCAGCCCCCGGGAGCUAGAAGGACCCGUGUAUGAAAAAUGCAUGGCUGGAGGGGAAGAAUAUUGUGACAGCCCACACAGUGAGCCAGGGACCAUUGAUGAAGUUGACCAUGACAACGGCACCGAACCUCACACCAGUGAUGAAGAAGUGGAACAGAUUGAGGCUAUCGCCAAGUUUGACUACGUGGGGCGAUCCCCACGUGAGCUGUCCUUCAAGAAGGGGGCCUCGCUGCUACUGUACCACCGUGCCUCAGAGGACUGGUGGGAAGGUCGUCACAACGGCGUGGAUGGACUCAUCCCACAUCAGUACAUAGUCGUACAGGACAUGGAUGAUGCUUUCUCGGACAGCCUGAGCCAAAAGGCGGAUAGUGAGGCCAGUAGUGGGCCGCUGCUGGACGACAAGGCCUCCUCCAAAAACGACCUGCAGUCCCCCACGGAGCACAUCUCGGAUUACGGCUUUGGGGGGGUGAUGGGCCGAGUACGGUUACGAUCUGAUGGAGCAGCCAUCCCCAGGCGCCGAAGCGGGGGCGACACGCACAGCCCGCCCCGGGGCCUGGGCUCCAGCAUAGACACGCCGCCCAGGGCCGCCGCCUGCCCCAGCAGCCCCCACAAAAUACCACUCAGCCGGGGCAGGAUCGAGAGCCCGGAGAAGCGGAGGAUGGCGACGUUCGGGAGCGCUGGCAGCAUCAACUACCCUGACAAGAAGGCGCUCUCCGAAGGGCACUCCAUGAGGUCGACGUGCGGCUCCACCAGGCACAGCAGCCUGGGGGACCACAAGUCCCUGGAGGCCGAGGCCCUGGCAGAAGACAUAGAGAAGACCAUGAGCACGGCUCUGCACGAGUUGCGGGAACUCGAGAGGCAGAACACAGUCAAGCAGGCGCCAGAUGUGGUGCUGGACACCCUGGAGCCCCUGAAGAACCCGCCGGGCCCCAUCAGCUCGGAGCCCGCCAGCCCUCUGCACACCAUCGUCAUCCGCGACCCCGACGCCGCCAUGCGCCGCAGCAGCAGCUCCUCCACCGAGAUGAUGACCACCUUCAAGCCAGCCCUGUCUGCCCGUCUGGCCGGCGCCCAGCUGCGUCCGCCCCCCAUGCGGCCCGUGAGGCCCGUGGUCCAGCAUCGGUCCAGCAGCAGCAGCAGCUCAGGUGUGGGCAGCCCCGCCGUGACGCCCACCGAGAAGAUGUUCCCCAACAGCUCAGCGGACAAGUCAGGCACCAUGUGACCAACAGGAUGGGCGGCACUGCCUAGCCCACUGUGGCCCACCACGGCCAAGGGUGCCUCUGUGACUUCCGCGUCCUUCCCAGUGCUCCUGGCCUUGUCCGUCAGGGGCCAGAAGGUCAGCCUGAAAGAAUGUCUGUGCAGAGCUGAGGCCCCGGCCAGCCCGCACCCCGGCCUCGCGGGUCUAAGCAGAGCCCGGAGGAGAGCAGGAGCAGCCGCAGCUAGGCGUGUCCUUUGAUUGCGGCAACAUGUUAACUGGCUUCGCCCGCAUAUCAUCACUGGAAAAUGAUUCUCAACGUUCUC